UGCACAUCUUCCGCAAACACCUGAGGAGUCUGAAACCAGGACGCAGCGGAGCAAUGGACAUCCGAGAUGGAUCCAGACAUUAUCACGUCAAACCCUUGGUGGUUCUGCUCCUGCUCAUUUUCACACCGAGAGUUGACUCAUCAUGGUGGUACAUUGGAGCACUGGGUGCACGGGUAAUAUGCGACAAUAUUCCUGGUCUGGUGAACAAGCAGCGGCAGCUCUGCCAGCGACACCCAGACUUGAUGCAGUCCAUCAGCGAGGGAGCCAAAGAGUGGAUCAAAGAGUGCCAGCAUCAGUUCAGACACUACCGCUGGAACUGCAGCACACUGGACCGUGACCACACUGUGUUUGGCAGAGUGAUGCUGCGAAGCAGCCGAGAAGCAGCAUUUGUUUAUGCCAUCUCUUCAGCUGGAGUGGUCCAUGCCAUUACCAGGGCUUGCAGUCAAGGGGAUCUCAAGAUCUGCAACUGCGACAGCCACAAGCAUGGGCAAGCCAGUGAUGACAAGGGCAGUUUUGACUGGGGAGGCUGCAGUGACAACAUAAACUAUGGCAUAAAAUUUGCCAAAGACUUUGUGGACGCUCGUGAGAGGAUGGUGAAAGACGCCCGAGCGCUCAUGAACCUGCACAACAACAGAUGUGGUCGGAUGGCUGUGAAGCACUUUAUGAAGCUGGAGUGCAAGUGUCACGGGGUCAGUGGCUCCUGCUCGCUGAGAACCUGCUGGCUGGCCCUGUCUGACUUCAGGCAAACGGGAGACUACCUUCGAAGGAAGUACAAUGCCGCCGUGGAGGUGACAAUGAACCAGGAUGGGACCGGUUUUAUGGUGGCUGAUGGAGAUUUCAAGGGGAAGAUCAAGAAAGAAUUGGUGUAUGUCGAGAAUUCCCCUGAUUACUGCAUCAUGGACCGAACAGCAGGCUCCUUAGGCACAGCUGGCAGGGUGUGCAGGAAGUCCUCACGAGGCACAGACGGCUGUGAGGUCAUGUGUUGUGGACGAGGCUAUGAUACCAUGCGAGUCAAACGUCUCACCAAGUGUGAGUGCAAGUUCAAGUGGUGCUGCGCUGUGGAGUGCCAGGACUGUGAGGAAGUGGUGGACGUUCACACCUGCAAGCCCUACAAGCAACCUGAUUGGCUGGACAUAACUUAGCGAGAAUUCCUGGCUGACCGACUAAACCUUAAGGACGUUCCCAAAGCGGAAUAUUGUGACAGCAAAAGCGUUUGAUGCUUGGACUUUUUCCAAACCUUUCUUCAUAAACUGGAAAUGAAGCCCGGUUACAGGUUUCGUAUGCUCGUUGAGAACAAAAUGUUUUUAACGAUAUUAAGAACAUUUAAGAAGCAGACUUAUAUGUUUGGUAUGAGGUGAGCAGUUAUAUUUUAUGCUGUUAUAAAUGUUCACAGGGUGUUUGCAGUCUUUAGACACUGCCUGCUUUUCAGAAAUCGUGACAUUGUAUCAUAUAAAAUGACAAGUCAUUGUGUGGUACUGCAACAAAUCACUUUAACAAGGGUGGUCGACUAUCUUCCCCAAGGGCCGGUGUCCAGCAUGUUUUAGUUGUUUCCCUUCUCUAACACACAUGAUUCACCUAAUCAGCAGCUCAUCAAGUUCUGCAGAAGCCUGCUAAUCUUUCGCUAAUUAUAAUCAGAUGUGUUGAAGCAUGUGUUGAAGCAGGGAAACAACUAAAACAUGCUGGGCUUCCUCAGGUAAGGGAGUUGCAUAACCUGCAUUAUAAUACUACUAUUGCUGCUAAUACAUUUAACUACCAAAAUGGUCAGACAAUGUUAACAGAAAUCCUGUUUAUUCUAGUUAAAUAACCUGCUAGGACAUUUUGAAUGUGUUUCUGUGUAAAAGAUAUAAAUAUUUAUUAUCUUACUUUUCAAAUAAAUGGUUACAGUCUGGACUGAUCAGUUAACAGUUAGCUCAAGCAGAGCCAAGACCAAGGCCAUCUUAAAAUAGCUUCAAUGUUUAACUGUCACAUUUAGAUUCAUUUACAUUACACGCUGCGACGAUCACCAGCUGCAGCAAAGUCAAGAAUUUUAGGUGCAUCCUUGUUUCAUGGAGGAGAUGCAUCAUGCCCAAAAAAACAUGUACAGCAAAACGUUUUUUUAAUCAAAAAUCACCAAACUUUAUCUUGACUGAUGUCACUUGAAGUAAAUAAUAAAACAAUGCAUUAUUUCAAAUGAAUAAGUUAUGAAUGAGUAAUUGAUGUUUUCAAAUUAACUAAUUUAUGAAAGGACAUUGAAGAAUGAAGCAGUUUUAAAGCUAUCAAUAAAUCAUCAAUCCAUCCAUCCAUUGUCUGAACCCGCUUUGUCCACGUGGAGUGGGGGUGGGGGGCUGGUUUCUAUCUCCAGUGGCCAAUGGACAAUCAAGCGGGGUACACCCUGGACAGAGAGCAAGUCCAUCGCAGCAAUCAAUAAAUCAGUUUCCUGAUUCUCUCUUCUACUGGUUGAAAGUAAAAUGACAGCUAUCGUAAACAACCCCGCAACAGACUGUUGUAGCUAGCAGUAACAACGACCUAACGUCAACACAAGCAAACUGACAUUUAAUAAACCACAAAGUAAAAAUAUCCACACUGUUAGACAAAAACAAAAUGUAUUACAUGUCGUAAGGGUUCCAAUUACAGGGCAGCUAAGGGGGGCCCAGUUCCCCUGGAAGCCCUCAACUACCACACCAAGUGGGAGCCCGCGAACGGAUCCAGUUUCAACUUAAACAUCAAUAUUUAUACGGACUCUCAGCGUACCGGGACUUCUUUUGUCAACAUUUUGUGUACAGUCACCCCUCCUCCCCUGUGCUCUUAUGAAGGUGAUUGGAUGGCGCUAGGUCACCAUCAGUCCAUGAUUUUGUUGCCUCCUUUAGCUCCCUCAAAUGAGUGUAGACUGUGCCGACAUUUACUUCCAUGCUUCACCAUGAUGCCAACAAAAUAUGCAAACUUCUUCUACUUGUGCUUAUUAUCAGUUGGCUAACUGAUAGAGGUAACUGCUAGCCUUUAUACUAGCUACUGGCACACUAGUGUUCUUAAUUGAACCAUAAAACUGUUAAGUGCAGUUUCUGGUCAGGAGAGGGCGAUAGGAUGCUGUACAAUGUGAAGAUGCUAAAGGUUAUGGAUCAAGAACCACUGAAACCAAUUUGAAAACAAUAUCUUAAAGUGCGAAAAACUCUGCUUUAAGAUAGAAAUGCACUUUGGUCUUGGCUGCAUUCAGACUAGCCAUUAGCUUAUCAAUCCUUUAGCAUAAACAUAAUUUCCUCAAAUGGGUGAGAUGUUAUUUGUGCCUCUUACACAAAAACAAGAUUCAAAGCAGCAACAUAAAUGCUUAAAAGUCAGAUAGUGGUGGUGUGAACCCAAAGGAGAACUGUUAAUGAUUUUGUUAAGACUGCAGACUUGGCUGUGAAGUUGUAGACUGAUGAAACAAAAAGUUUAAACAAAAAACAGAACUUGCUAUUUGAUAUAUUUUUGCACAAUAUGCUGAAUAUUUGACAGUAAUAAGUUUAACGUAUUCUGGUCUGGUUGCAUCAUUUAAAAUGUUUCUCCUUUUGACCUC